GAUAAAACGUGCUUUUGUGUCUGGCAAGAAUCCGCAUUCCGCAAUAUUAUACUAUAAUUAACGCUAAUAAUAGUGCUGGUGUUUUUAUUUGAUUGAUAAACGAAGGAAAAGAGAGACUAUAAUAUAAUGGAACUAAUCCGGCCAGACCGACCAUCUAAGUGUACAUAUAAAGUAAAUGGGGAAAAUUCGCCGCAUACGAAACAAACGGAAUUUCCAAAUCGUAAGAAGAUAUUGCCAAAUAUUUUAAGUGCAAUUGGUCAAACACCUCUCGUUCGGCUUAAUAAAAUUCCCAAGGCUCAUGGGAUCAAAUGCGAAAUGUACGCUAAAUGUGAAUUUUUUAAUCCUGGAGGAUCAGUCAAAGAUAGAAUUGCGGAGAGAAUGAUCUCGGAUGCGGAGGAAAAGGGUAUAAUAAAACCGGGAUAUACAAUCAUUGAGCCAACAAGCGGUAAUACUGGAAUCGGUUUAGCCAUGGCCGCAGCGGUCAAGGGCUAUAAAUGCAUCAUCGUGAUGCCAGAGAAAAUGUCUAAUGAGAAAGUCUAUGUGCUUCGCGCUUUGGGUGCAGACAUAGUUAGAACACCGACCGAGGCUUCUUGGGACAGCCCAGAAGCGCAUAUCAGUGUUGCUCAAAAAUUACAAAAGGAAAUACCCAAUAGUAUUGUUUUAGAUCAGUAUACAAAUCCUGGUAACCCAUUGGCGCAUUAUGACCAAACUGGAACAGAAAUUUGGGAGCAAUGCGAUGGCAAAAUAGAUUAUGUGGUACUUGGUGCCGGCACUGGUGGGACCAUUUCUGGUAUUGGUCGAAAAUUGAAGGAAUUGUCGCCUAAUAUACAAAUUAUCGGAGUUGAUCCUAAAGGCAGCAUUUUGGCGGAACCUCCUGAAUUGAACGAGAACGGCGUUGGUUUUUACGAAGUAGAAGGUAUAGGCUAUGACUUCAUUCCUACGGUGUUAGAUCGUAAAGUGGUUGAUGUGUGGCUAAAAACUGAAGACGACGAAAGUUUAAAAGCGGCGCGUGAAUUAAUUAAACAAGAGGGAUUGUUGUGUGGCGGUAGCAGUGGUGCGGCACUCGCGGCGGCGUUAAAAAUCGCCAAAGGCUUGCCUGCGGAUAAACGUAUGGUUGUUCUUUUGCCAGAUAGUAUACGAAAUUAUAUGACGAAAUUUGUAUCAGAUCAAUGGAUGGAAGCUAGAGACUUUUUGGUGUCCGAACCUCCAACAGAAGCGAGUAAAAGAUGGUGGAACUUACCAGUAUCAAAGUUAUCAAUAAAGAAGCAUAUAAUAGUAAGAGGAAUGCCAUGUCAAAAUGUCGUGGAUUUCUUGAAAUCCUCUAAUCACAUUCAGCAAUUGUUAGUAACUGAUGCAAAGGAAACAAAGGUGCUAGGCGUUAUCACACUGGAUGCUCUUUUAUCCAAUUUAAUAUCCGGUUCGGUGAAUGAAACUGAUUUCGCUGAGAAAAUCAUGAAUAAACAGUUUACGAAGGUCACAGUCUCGACUACAAUCGGUAAAGUGUCACGUAUUGUUGAAAAAGAAUGCUAUGUUGUAGUUGUAGACGAUAAUGAUGCUCUAAUCGGACUUGUAAGUCGAAGCGAAAUUUUUGAUUUUAUUACCAAGGAUAAUGAUAGUAACGCGAAAUAAUAACAUAUCAUAACAUCUAUUUCAUGUUGUAUGUGAUCAAGAUUGUCACCUGUGUUGUGUGUUUAAAUAUUUAAAAUUGAUUACGUCAAGAAAUUUUGU